AUGAUAUGGGAUAGAAUAAAAGCUCAAAUGGAGGGCAAUAAGAAUAAUGUUGCGUCUUGUGAAGAUAAAAAUCCAGAUAAAAAUAAUUUUGAAUGUAAUGUUUCGUGUUCGAAAAAAUCUCUGUUAGAAAUGACAAAUUGGUCUGCAAUGUCAAAAUGGCUCGAAGCCAUCGGAACAGAUUUAAAAACAAUAUCGGAAAAAUCCGAACAAGAAGCAUUAAGCAGUCGUAAACUUCGUCACAGAAUGGAUGCAGAUGAAAAAAAAAUGAAAUUAAAAAUUGAAAUACUUGAAGAAGAGAAUAAAAAUUUACAAAAUCAACUUCGUGAAAAUGAAUCGAAAAUAUUUUCAACUAAAAAUGAAUUGGAACAACUUUUAAAAGAAAAAAUUGAAAUGAAAGAAGAAAUAAUAUUGAAAAACAAUCAAUUGACAAGUUAUGAAUCUGAGAUUAUUCAACUACGCGAACAAUUAACGGAUAUGAGAGAAAAUUUAGAAAAAACAAAUAUGAAAAUUUUCGAAGAAAAAAAUGCUUUGGAAAAUAUGUCAUCUGGUAAUCCAAUUAUUGAUAUGGAAAGUCAAAUAGAAGCUAAUAAUUUACGAAUCGAAUCCCUGUUAGCCGAAAAUGAAACCCUAAAAAAAACGUUAACUAAAAUAAAAACACUUAAAGGUGAACCAGUUUGA